AUGGCAACACAACGAGUGACAACGUCUGAUGUGAAAAAUAAUUCUCACGUAAUUCGGCGGCCUAUGAGCGGACAUGAUACACAACGACGUCAGCCGGCAGGCGGGUUACAAUCAUCUAGAAGAUUAACGAGUCUAGCUACAAGUAACGAUUCAGAUACAUUAUUUCGUAUUCGUAUGGCACCUCAAUUUCAUCGAGUUGUGUGCAGAACGCGACGAGAUGAAUCAGAAGUUAGUCCAUGUAUUAAAUAUCUCAUGUUUAGUUUCAAUAUUCUCUUUUGGGUUCUGGGAUUUCUAAUCGCUGCCAUUGGUAUUUAUGCUUGGAUUGAAAAGGACACAUUCGAUAAUUUCGGUCGUUUAACAAUGGGUGGAACCUUAUUCUUCGAUCCAGCAUUACUUUUCGUACUCGUUGGAAUUUUCAUGUUCUUCAUCGGUUUUGCUGGCUGUGUUGGCUCGUUGAGAGAAAAUACCUGCUUAUUACUUUUUUUCAAUUUCGCUUUGGUGAUCAUAUUCCUUGCUCAGCUUGUCUUUGGUACAUUGGUAUUCAUCUAUCGAGAAAAAGUGAAAAACGAAGGUGAAAAACAGCUAAUGGUUAUGAUACAAAGUUACCGUGACGAUCCUGAUUUACAAAAUAUGAUCGAUUGGAUUCAACGUUAUUGGUUACAUUGCUGUGGUGUGAACAGUUUCCGAAACUGGGAAAGUAAUACUUAUUUCAAUUGUUCGUCAAAACUUGUUGGAAGUAUUGAAGCUUGUGGUGUACCAGCAAGUUGUUGUCGGGCAGAAUAUUUUCAUAAUAACAAACAGUGUGGCUAUGGAACGUUAGAAGCAUCCGCGGGAACACAUAUGAUCUACACUGACGGAUGUUUACUGAAAGCUUCGCAAUGGUUUGAACAACAUAUCAUACCUGUUGUAAUAAUUAUUGCUAUCCUUGCUGUAUUACAAAUUCUUAGCAUUUGCUUCGCACAAAACCUUCGUAAUGACAUCCUGGCUCAAAAAGCGAAAUGGGCUUGGCAGACGCAUCCAAUGGUGCAUUAUUAUCGAAAUUAG